GGAGUCAGUCUCUGACGCUGUCUGCUGUUUGUUUCUGGACAUUUAACGCCUCUUUUCUUGUAUAUCAGAGCUAAAAUGCGUCACCAGGUCGACAUUAAAUAAGUUAUUAAAUCAGAAGAAUAGUUUUGUAGCUGCGGUCGUGUGGACGGACUGUGAAAUGGAGGCUGGUGAAGGUGUCAGCGGCUCCACGCCCACAGAGGAGAUGAACGGAGCUGGAAACUUGAUGGAUUUCCUGGACGAGCCGUUUCCUGACGUGGGCACGUAUGAAGACUUCCACACCAUCGACUGGCUGAGGGAGAAAUCCAGAGACACAGACCGCCACCGCAAGAUCACCAGUAAGAGCAAAGAGUCCAUCUGGGAGCUGAUCAAGAGCCUGCUGGACGCCUGGUCGGGAUGGGUGGUGAUGCUGCUCAUCGGACUGCUCUCAGGUACGCUGGCCGGAGUGAUCGACCUGGCCGUGGACUGGAUGACGGACCUGAAGGAAGGCGUGUGUCUGUCGGCCUUCUGGUACAGCCACGAGCAGUGCUGCUGGACGUCUAAUGAGACGACCUUCGACGACCGAGACAAGUGUCCACAGUGGCAGAAGUGGGCGGAGCUGAUGACCGGCCACGCCGAGGGAGGCGGAGCGUACGUGUUGAACUACUUCCUGUACGUCCUGUGGGCUCUGCUGUUUUCCUUCCUGGCGGUGUCGCUGGUCCGAGUGUUCGCUCCGUACGCCUGCGGCUCAGGAAUCCCAGAGAUUAAAACCAUCCUCAGCGGCUUCAUCAUCCGGGGCUACCUGGGGAAAUGGACCCUGCUGAUCAAGACGGUGACUCUGGUCCUGGCGGUGUCAUCGGGUCUCAGUCUGGGGAAGGAGGGCCCUCUGGUCCACGUGGCCUGCUGCUGCGGAAACCUCUUCUGCAGCCUCUUCUCCAAGUACAGCAAGAACGAGGGCAAGCGGCGAGAGGUGUUAUCAGCGGCAGCAGCAGCCGGAGUGUCGGUGGCCUUUGGAGCGCCAAUCGGAGGAGUUCUGUUCAGCCUGGAAGAGGUCAGUUAUUAUUUCCCCCUGAAGACUUUGUGGCGUUCCUUCUUCGCUGCCCUCGUCGCCGCCUUCACGCUGCGCUCCAUCAACCCGUUUGGCAACAGCCGCCUGGUGCUGUUCUACGUGGAGUACCACACGCCGUGGUACAUGGCCGAGCUCGUCCCGUUCAUCCUGCUCGGCGUGUUCGGCGGUCUCUGGGGGACUCUGUUCAUCCGGGCCAACAUCGCCUGGUGCCGGCGGAGGAAGACCACCCAGCUGGGGAAGUACCCGGUCUUGGAGGUCAUCGCUGUGACGGGCAUCACCGCCGUGCUGGCGUAUCCCAACCCGUACACCCGCCGCAGCACCAGCGAGCUCAUCUCCGAGCUCUUCAACGACUGCGGCGCUCUGGAGUCGUCGCAGCUCUGCGAUUAUAUCAACAAUCCCAACAUGAGUCGGCCGGUGGACGACAUCCCCGACCGACCGGCGGGGCCCGGAGUCUACAACGCCCUGUGGCAGCUCGCCCUCGCUCUCGUCUUCAAGAUCGUCAUCACCAUCUUCACCUUCGGCAUGAAGAUCCCAUCAGGUCUCUUCAUCCCUAGCAUGGCGGUCGGCGCCAUCGCAGGACGGAUCGUCGGGAUCGCCGUGGAGCAGAUGGCGUACCACCACCACGACUGGAUCAUCUUCAAGAACUGGUGCCGGCCCGGCGCUGACUGCGUGACGCCCGGACUGUACGCCAUGGUGGGAGCCGCCGCCUGUCUGGGCGGCGUGACGAGGAUGACCGUCUCCCUGGUGGUCAUCAUGUUCGAGCUCACCGGCGGUCUGGAGUACAUCGUCCCCCUGAUGGCCGCCGCCGUCACCAGCAAGUGGGUGGCGGACGCCUUCGGGAAGGAGGGCAUCUACGAGUCGCACAUCCAGCUCAACGGUUACCCGUACCUGGACGUCAGGGACGAGUUCACCCACCGCACCCUGGCCACCGAUGUGAUGCGGCCCCGCCGGAACGACCCGUCUCUGGCCGUCCUCACCCAGGACUCCACCACAGUGGAGGACGUGGAGACGCUCAUCAAAGACACCGACUACAACGGCUUCCCGGUGGUCGUGUCCAGAGAGUCGGAGAGACUCAUCGGCUUCGUUCAGCGCCGGGACCUCACGCUCGCCAUCAAAAACGCCCGUCAGAAGCAGGACGGCGUGGUCAGCAGCUCGGUGGUCUACUUCACCGAGGACGCGCCGCAGCUGCCGGCCAGCAACCCGCAGCCGCUGAAGCUGCGCCGCAUCCUGAACCUCAGCCCCUUCACUGUCACCGACCACACGCCCAUGGAGACGGUGGUGGACAUCUUCCGCAAGCUCGGCCUCCGCCAGUGUCUCGUCACCAGGAGCGGGCGUCUCCUGGGCAUCAUCACCAAGAAGGACGUCCUGCGUCACAUGGCUCAGAUGAUGAACCAGGAUCCAGAGUCCAUCAUGUUCAAUUAGAGAGAAGAGCUUUACCUCCCGACGGUGUAAAUAGGUCCCGACCGAGUCCUCCAUCCUCCUGACAGGCCAGUCCCACCCUGUAGUGUCCGCCGCAGCACAGCCAACGCUUCGGCUGAAAAGUAAAGAGCCGAUCAGGCGUCUUUUUCUACACCAUCAUCAACUGAAAUCACGUAGAGUUUAAUGUUCAGAGUGCCAAACUCUGGUUCUGUAGAGUCCACAGCAGCAGGCGUUCAUUAGUGCUGCUCGCUCAGAUAAAAACAUUUAAAAGUCUCACUGAAGGAAGCGCGGAGUGUAAAGAUGUGGUCGCGUGUGUCGCCGGAGUCACGGACCUGGAAAGUCUUGAAAUUUGUUAAUGACGUCAGGAGUUCACUCGACCUGAUGAGAGACGACUCGCGGCUCACACGAUGACCUGUUGUUCUUAAUCCUCACAGGAAGUCGGUUAAAAAAAGGUGUGUUUGAAAAUACUGUUCAACUCAAACAACUAAUGAUUAGAGUGGAAAAUGUUCCUCCCAACAUCGAGUUAGAUGUUUAAUAAAAUCUUUAUAUUUUAGAGGCUGAAAACAGACUCGACUCAGUGGACUCGUCAUCAUAUUUAUACACUGUUUAAACUUUAACACAGCUUAAAAAAACAACUCAUUAGAGUUGAAAACAGAUCCGGGUGAAAAAGACUCCGGCAGAGUUUAAACCUACAAACUUAAAUGUAAAAGUUCAUAAAACUCAGAUUAAAACAGAAUCCAGACUAAAGUUUCCAGCAGUAGCACUGAAAACAUUCAACAUUUAGAAGCAUAAAACAAUCUUUUUGUUUUUAUCCUACCUGUAUGACUGAGAUGUUUUAUGGUUGCUAUGAGACACUUCACAGAUUAAGUGAUUUUCUUCUUUAUUUCAAAGGAAAACUGACAGAAUGAAGAAGCCGUUCUUAGAUUCCUUGUGGUGAAUCAAAUGACACUAAUACAUCCUGGAAUAACUUCACAUUUUGUUUGGAAACUAUUUAUUGCUUCAGAUUAACGACACAUCUUCUUUUUGUGGCACUUGAAUCCAAAAUAAUUCAGGAAAUCAAAUAUCGGACCGCAGCUUCUCGAUUUACAAUGAGAUUUAUAAAAGUUAUGCCGUUUAGUUGCAGCGGCUCCAAAACAUGAUCCAAACAGUUUCAAACACACCUUUUGAUAAAGUCUAACAGCAGCCGGUCUGAAGAACCGAACUGAACUCUGCUCUGGAGUUUAUCGGACUCUUCGGUUCUGUGUGCUGCUGCUUUGUGUUGGUACUGGAGCGUCAUCGAUGCUGUGAAGAAAUGGGACCAUUGAAUCCUGAAUUAAACUGUAACACUGAUUUUAUUUAAAGAUUUUGGGACUGCAGCACUUUGUGUUUAAGCUAACAGUUGUUUUUUGUUUUGUCAUGUGUUGCUGCCAUAUUUAUAUGAAUUCUGCCUGUUGAAGUUCGUUUUUAAGCAUCAGUGUGUCUCCAUGUUACUUUGAGCUGAAGGCACAAACUGUCUGAAACACUCCAUGUUGUUUUUACUGAAGCUGAGGGCGUUCUUGUCAGAGCCGCGUUUGAUUUCUGCUAUCUUCAUUUAAUCGUGUCAAAAAGGUUUCAAAGAGCCUUAAAAUGUGUGCGACCACAGAGAAGUUGGAGCGGAAACCGAAUGAAACGCGAGUCUGAACUACAGUCCAUCAGGACGACUGUGGCACAGCCUGUCGAAACAUUCAGCCUGGACUUUCUUCUUCUUCUCAAGUUUAACAUCACGAAGUUAAAGCCAGUGAGGAAGGUUGCGGUUCUGUUCUGGGUCCAUUCAGUAGUGAAAACAAACAAAUGGACACAAUAACAAUCAAAGCCUCGUUAAGAAGUGAAGGAUUUGAGUUCUGCAUCACGUUUGAUCGGCAGCACAACGUCGCACUUUGUUGAGAUGGACAGAAAGUUAACGGAGAAGAGAAAAGUUUAAAAAACAAGCGUGAAGUCGACAUGUUUGUCACCUUUUUCACAUUUGCAGCUGGUUCUAAGCUCCUGUUACAUGAACUGGACUCGAUAUAUGAAGCUAAAUAUUCGUUGUGACGAGUCCAGCAGCGGCAGAACGAACAUAAAUGAAGGAAAACGAUUUAAGAAGAAGUCGGAAAUGUGUCAUAAGUGUUUCUACAUGCAGGUCUGGAAUAUUAUUUAUUAUUUCCAGCGCUUAAAAAUAUCAAGAUUGCACAAAACAAUAGUUUUUGCGUCCUCGACUGCACAUUCAUGUGUUUUUAUUUUUCUCGUGUCGUGUUUUUUUGUUGUUGUAGUGUAAAAUAACCUCGAUCGUCAGAGCUGCUAACAGUUCAGUAAAACCUGGAAACUUGGAGGGAUUUAAGUUUUGUCGAUGAAGAAACACUCCAUGUUGUGAUCAACCUUCUGUUUUUAAACGCCAAGAGAAUGUAUUAAAAAAUAACUGUCUUGUAAAUAUUGAA